CCCCGGUCGCCAUCGUCAUAGCUAGUACCGGCAGGUAAUGAGACUCAUCAGUAACAGUUCGCCCUUCCUAGGCUCGACGCUCCGCCACGGUCGCCCAUUUACUUUGCGCAGUCAUGAAUCUCGCUUUAGUCGAUCCCUUUGUGCUGGCGCAAGACUGCCCAGAGGCUAUGACCGGAAAGCUUCGUAGCGGCCAUUCAUCUUGCAUUCGAUUCAAUCACCGCGGUGACUAUCUCGCAUCUGGGAGGGCUGAAGGAACCGUCGUGGUCUUUGAUAUCGAAACAAAUGGUGUUGCUCGGAAAAUGCGUGGCCACACACGGCAAAUUCAGUCUCUAAGUUGGUCUAGCAAUGAUCGCUACCUGCUAAGCGCAUCGCAAGAUUGCAAAUGCAUACUCUGGGACUUGGAGGACGGUACGAGAAUCAGAUCUGUACGAUUUGAGGCACCCAUCUUCAUUGCAGAAAUACAUCCAACAAAUCAUCUGAUGUUCAUAACGGCUCUUUUCGAACAACAACCCGUGUUAGUCGAUGUGACAGACGAAAUUCCAAAGAAGUGCACUCUUCCUUCGGUCCCGAAACGAUCACAAGCAGAGUGGGAAAAGCUUAGUACAAGGCAACAAACAUUAGACGAAAAACAAACAACCACUGUCGCAGUGUGGAGCUCAUCUGGUGAACACGUUCUAGCUGGAACCUCAAGAGGCUGGCUAAAUGUCAUUGACACAAGGUCGAGACAGAUCGUACACUCAACGCAUCUGUCUUCAAAUCUCAUCGUGUUCAUCCGGCUGACAGCCUCCGGUCGAGAUAUGGUUAUCAAUUCCAGCGACAGAAUAAUUCGUACUGUCCAUUUACCUGAUUUCACAGAUCCCAAGACCGAUUUUGACAAUCUCCGGAUUGAGGUUGAGCACAAAUUCCAGGAUCUUGUGAAUCGACUUUCUUGGAACCACGUUUGCUUCAGUGCUACUGGCGACUAUGUUACAGCUUCCACCUACAUGAAUCACGACGUUUAUAUCUGGGAAAGAAGGCAUGGUAGUCUCGUCAAGAUUCUGGAAGGCCCCAAGGAGGAGCUAUCUGUGGUCGAGUGGCAUCCACAUCGUCCAUUUGUCGCCGCUGUGGGCGCUGAAUCUGGUCCCAUCUUCAUAUGGUCUCUGCUGACGCCACAACGCUGGUCUGCCCUGGCUCCUGAUUUCCACGAGGUCGAAGAGAACGUCGAAUAUGUGGAGAGGGAAGAUGAAUUCGACAUACAACCUUUAGAGGAGUUGCAUAAACGUCGACUUGAUCAAGAAGAUGAAGAGGUGGACGUGCUGACGAUUGAUCCCGGAAAAGCCGAUUUCAAUCCAGGAGAGUUCCGGAUGCCAGUCCUAUUGGACCUUGACGCCAGCGAUAGCGAGGACGAAGUUAUAGCGAUUGGGACAGGCCAGUAUCGCCGCAAGAGUCCUGGGCGAGGCCAGCAGUGGAUGAAUGAAGCUGAAGCUGUGGAAAACGCAGACGACACGGCAGGUGGCAGGAAAGCCGCAAUCAACGGGAUAUCUAAAGCUCCAAACGGCACCAAACGACGGCGCGCAGAUUGAAAAUUGCAUUUUCUAAUGAUACCCGUUUCACAUACCCUGUGAGCAUUUUUAGAAGACGUUUGUCAGUAUUGCAAGGGGUGACUUCCGAUACUUGUUGCGACCAAGUGAUCUUUAGACCUUGUGGUUAGGGCGUUAUGGAGACGAUUUUGCCGUCGUACGAUAACAAUUUAUGCUUGGUGGCCACACGUAUCUGGGCCUAAGCAGGAUAGUCCUAA